AUGGCUACUAAAUCGAAUUUUGUAAGUCACCAUAUUAAAUUCCCUAUUAUGAAAUAUAUUUUAUUAAUAUAUUAUACGUAUACGAAUUUAUAUAAUUUAUUUAUAUAAUUUUAGAUUGACAGUGAUUGCAAUACUGACGUAGAAAAAAACAAAUUCCUUAGCUUACAAUUCUCUUUAAGAAAACAAAAGAGACAGUCUAUAUUCGAUGUUGUAGUUUUGAAAAAAAAAGAACUGCAGAAGGACUUAAAUACUGUAUCCGCAUUUAUGGAGAUAAUGAUCAAAACGCACAAAGCGGUAAGAUCUCAACUCGACGAAAACUUUAAUGAUUUAUGUAAUAAAUAUCAAAAUAAAAAGAAAGAUUUAGAUAAGAAUAAACGAUAUAAAGUAUGUUUGAAUAUCAUAGUUGAUGAUUUAUACAAAAAAUAUGAAAUUUUUAAGUGUCAUUUAAAGAAAGAGGACGAAGAAAAUAAAUAUUUGGAAGAAAAAAUAAAUAAAUUGGAAAAAUGCCUGAACGAAGAAAAAAAAAAUAUAACACGUUUAAAAGACCAAAACCAUAAUCAUAUAAAAUUUUUGGAACAGAAAUCUGAAGAACUCGCUAAAAUAACACAAGAGUUAGUUGACAAAACUGAUGAGCUUAAUAAAGAAAAAGAGGUGACCCGUAAAUUAAAAUUAAAGUUUGAUGGUUUUAUACAAGAAGUAGACAAUCUAAAGUUAGAAGAAUUACAACAAAUUAAAAAUACAGAUUUACUAAAAACUGAAAUAGAAAUAGAAAAAAACCACAAUAAUGAAUUUAAUCAAAUUGUGUACGAUCAACAAAAUCAAGAACAAGAGCUCACAGAAGUAUUAGAGGCAUGGUAUAAUAAAAUUGAUUUUUUAAAACAGAUGAUUGAGAAAGGGAAUGAUCAAGCAGAUAUUAGUAUUAAUAAAUUACGAGAAGAAAAAUCAAAUGUUGAAAAAGAAAAAAUAUAUUUAGAUAAUGAAGUCAAAAUAACUAGGGAAGAAUUAAACAAACUGGUGCAUAAAAAUGAAAACCUAAACACACAUAUGAACGAAUUACAAUGCAGAUUAGACACAGCUAAUAAAAAUAGUGAUGAGAAACAGAAAUUAUCAAUGGAAAAAAUUGAAAAAAUUCAUAAAGAUACGAAAAAAUUAAUAAUUGAUAUUAAUUCCAAAAACAAAUUGAUUAUAGAAUUAGAGGAAGAAUUAUUAGAAACAAAAAAAAGAUAUAAAACACAAACUGAAAAAGCUCAUAAUCUGAAAAUACAAUUAGAAAAUUUGAAACAUAAACAAAACCAAAUGCCAAUAAAAUGCGAAAAAAGUCCAAUUAUCGAUUACAAUGACUACAAUAGCAGCGUUGAUAGAGUUCUAAAAAAUGCGACAUUAGGCAAUGAAAAAUUAAGUACUAUUAAUACGACCAUUAAAUAUAUAGGGAGAACGAAUAAUUUCAAGGAAAAGAAUCAAGUAUAUGAAAAUCUGAUUACAAAGUGUAAUACAUUUAUCAAUUAUUUUACAAAAUAA